CUUGGCUAUAGAGAACUCUGCGCAUAGUCUAAAGCUAUGACGUUAACAUUGCCAAUUUAAAUAUUGCCAAUUUAGUUUUUGAUCCCUUCAAAAUCAAAGUACCAGCAAAUGAGAGUUCUUCAGUAUCGCCUAUUAUCUGCAACAAAGAUGUACUCGCUUAUCUCCAUGUUCUCAGAGGGAUCCAGUGACUAGCAGCCUCCGCAGGAAUUGUGCAAGGGGCACUUCCCAGGGGGUGUAAAGGGUACUGCAUAAGUGAACCAGAUGUUGAGUCACAAGGAGGAGGGGUAAAAAUCAAGAGUGUGGUCACACCUGUUGUGACUAAAACAUUUUAUGAAAAGGCAGAAGCUUUCGCGGGCUGCAGCUUGGCUCCUAGCUCCUCUGACAGAAAAGCUGGGCUGAUGGAAGAGGGAAAGUGGAAGUUGAAACUGGAGGGCAGGAAGAGGGGGGUCCUCCUGGACAAGGGUCUUGCCUCUCUAGGGCACCACACUUUCUCACUUUAACCCAUAGAUGGAGCCUCCCUCAUGAACAGGAAGGCUGCAAGAGCUCUUCCUGGAAUGGGGCCCCGGAAGAGGGAGAGGAAGAUCCUGGGCUGCAUCUCCUCCAAAAGAGCAGAGCAAAGCGGUGGCUGCAAGAGCAAAUCUGGAUCUUCCUAGAGCACCAGCAGUUUGGGAGAUCCAGGAGGUCCCUUGGAGCUGCAGGGGAUCCCAGAGAGAAGAUGGAGGCAGAAGACCCAACAGGAAAAGUCCUUCAUCCUGCUCAGGUGGAGAACCAGGAGGAAUUGAGCCAAAGGACCAGGCAGAAGAUCUUGGAAGAAGAAACCCUUCCUUGGGAUGGCCAACACCAAAACAUCAGGGAGUUCUUCUACCAGGUGUUUAAGGGACCCCGAGGAGUUUGCAGCCAACUGCACCGCCUUUGUCUUCAAUGGCUGAAACCAGAAAGGAACACCAAGGCUCAGAUGCUGGACUUGCUGGUUCUGAAGCACUUCCUAGCUAUUCUUCCCCCCGACAUGGUCACCUGGGUGCGGGAAUGUGGAGCCGAGACCACUUCUCAGGCAGUGGCCCUGGCAGAAGGCUUCCUCCUGAGCCAGGCAGAGGACAGAGAGAAGCAGAAAAGUUCCAAUAGGGUGGAUGUACAAGGUCCCAAGGCAACCAUGGAUCUAUCAGAUCCCCCCCAGAGGAGGCUUUUCAGGGGUAUUUCCAAGGAGGAUCAAAUUCAGGACAUCUCACCAGGAAUUAAUACAACAUCGGUGGUCCUUGUUCAAAGGUCUUUUUUUCCAGAUGGAGCAGAAAGAGCAACUGCACCCCCAGCCCAGAGAAUAAGAAGGCCAGAAGCAGAUGUGACUGAUAUUGAACAAGGGAAUUUAGUUCUCCCAUUCCCAACUAAGAGCUCUUCAUUUUACUUGUAG